UCACUCGCCAUACUGCCUGGUAUGCCUGCUUUACUGGUCAUAUGACCGCUGCAGUCAAAUGAUACGAAACCAUUUCUUCGCUUUUCACAGAGUUUAAAAACAAUUCGGUGUGGAUGCAGUUUCCCUGAUUUCUAAGAAGGGUUGCACCAGCCAACAUGGGAGCACGUUACCGGCAUCAUAACCUCGAGUACUCUGUGCAGAAUCGGCUCUGGUCCCCGAUAUUAGUGGUGGUACUACAAGAAAUCGUCGUCCUAGCUUUGCAGCUGAUCCUAGGGGCGUCAGCCGAACUUGGGCAGCUCAAGCCCCUAAUCUUUGAAGAGCAGCUCCUGUGGGUCAGUGGUACGGUGGGCUCUGUCAGUACCUACCGCAUUCCUCUCAUCUCCUUCACCCCUAAAGGCAGUCUUCUCGCCUUCUCUGAGGCCAGGAAAAGCUCCUCCUCGGAUGAGGGGGCAAAGUUCAUCGCCCAGCGCAGGUCCACUGACAAAGGUGUUACCUGGGGCCCGACGUCUUUCAUUGUGGACGAUGGCAUUGUUGCAGACGGGCUGAACCUGGGCUCUGUCGUGGUGGAUGAGGAGACGGGUUCUGUGUUUCUGAUCUACUCCCUCUGCGCCCACUAUUAUCGCUGCAACGUCUCCAGCACCUUCCUGAUCGAGAGUGUCAAUGAUGGCCUUACCUGGAGCCUGCCACGCAACCUCUCCAAAGAGCUGGGCACCAAAAUGUUUGCACCCGGUCCAGGCUACGGCAUUCAGAAGAGGCUGCCCCCCAAGCAGGGUCGGCUGAUCGUGUGCGGUCACGGGACCCUCGAGGGGGACGGGGUGUUCUGUCUGCUCAGCGAUGAUCACGGGAGGUCCUGGAGAUACGGAGGAAGUCUAAAGAGCAUUCCCUACAACCAACCCAAGAAAGCCAGCGACUUCAACCCCGACGAGUGCCAGGCAGUGGAACUUCCAGACGGCUCGGUUGUGAUCAAUGUCCGCAAUCAGUAUUUCUAUCACUGUAACUGUCGCAUAGUGAUCCACAGCAACGACGGCUGUGACACCCUGCCUCUGGAGAACCUGAGAUUCGACGAGACCCUCAUCGACCCCGCAGUGGCAGCCGGAGCGCUGCUCAAAAACAACGUGCUGUUCUUCAGCAACCCUGCCGACCUCCACAAGAGAGUGAAACUCACCCUGCGUUGGUCCCUUAAUAGCGGGUCGUCGUGGGAACGGGAGACAGUGGAGGUGUGGCCUGGGCCUAGUGGCUAUUCCUCGAUGACAUCACUAAACGGCAGUGUGGAAGACGAGAAGUAUAUCUUCUUGGUGUAUGAGAAGGGGUACCAGGAGUUAACAGAGACCAUCUCCUUCGUCAAGAUACACCUCUAUGGUGGUCUGUAGGCCAUGCAUACCAAUAGAAUAUUCAAGUAAUGCGGAGCAGAAACUAAGCUGGCUUGUCUGCGUGUUUGGUUUCUUAUAAAUUGUUUUUGAAGAUUUAAUUAAAAUGUGCGAUUUGAGUGUUUUGAAGGUUGUAGCUAUCAAAAUACUUGCAUAAAUCUUGCCUGGUCAGCAUGUCCAUUCGCUAUAAAGGUCUCAAAUGUGCAGUUUUGAAAGAAACAUAAGCAUUUUCAUUUGAAAAUGUGACACCUGGUCCUACACACCGUAGGUCUCAUCAGCAGUGUCUGCUGCUUGCUGCCAAAGCAUCUCAGUGGCUGCUGGGCAUGUUUGUCAGCAGCUAAUUGGUUAACUUGCAUGAUUGAAGGCCCUGAAGGGGUGGGAACAAGGCCCCAGAAAGCGCAAUUCUUGUCAAAGCAAGGCCUACAAACAGAGAAGUAUUUAACCUAGUGUAAUUACAGAGAUCUUGUUUUAAAAUGAAUAACCAAGUUUGCUUAACACAGUUUUCUUUAUUGCGAAUGGAUUUAUUUUGUUAGCUGCAGUCAGUGUAAGAAUGUUAAGGAACAUGUAUGCAUGUAACCAAAUUUACAGUGCUGCUCAAAUGAGGAGCUGAACAUUUUGACAUAUUCUGCAGGAGGCAGGGAGUGGUUGAUAUUGGGGUUUUUUUGUAGCACAUACCGCCACCUGGUGCUAGAAUACUAAAAUUACACUUCUAUUUGUAAAAAACAAAAUUGUCUUAAA